UUUUUUUAUACCUGCCGUUCUUGAUCUUUUUAUCCUUCCAUUUCCGUCAUUUGUUUUUCCUGUCAACAGCGUCCCGCUUGUCUGCCUCUCAGCGGGAAGAAAUUUCAACUCCUUUAUUUCCUUCCACCCUUUAUUUCCCUGAUUCACGUGAUAAUAAUCAAUCUAUACAUCUUUCGCACGCGUACUAUGACCAUGUCUCCCACACUUACUAUGUCCUCAUCCUAUUCAUUAUCACACCCUUCACAACUUACCAAGACCCAUGCAACUCACACAGUCUUUCAUAGCAGGACAAACAGCGAAUCUUUCUUGUUCACACCUCCUCUCUCUCCUACUGAACAACAGCUCUUGGAGUUUCUAAUCCCUGACAUCGAACCAUCAGAGUUGGCCGCCUAUCUUUCGGCACCCACCACACCCGUCCUUUCUGACGUGUCAUGUUUGAUUGGACAGAGCCCUGUACUUGCCGAGGAGCAUCCUAUGUCCAGUGCUUAUGUCAACAACCUUGAGACUGUUUAUCCUAGUCCUGUUUGUGCAGCUGCCGCAGCCACGGUUGUUGCUCUAGAUCGCUUAGAUGGUGGAGAUGUGUAUCCCAUGCUCUCCACCUCGCCUACAAGCCUUCAGAUGGACUCGAUGCUUCAUGCCAAGAAGAAGCGAUGUUCUACCUAUGCCUUCCUUGGUUCGGAGGAUGAAGAAAAUUGUGAUGGAUCUUCGGAUUUUUCAAGUUCUCCCGUUUAUGUGAUGUCUAGCCGUAAUUCCCGUAAACGUCUGAUGCUCGAGCAAGCUUUCGUCAGUCCAGAUGAUGAAGAGAGCUGCUACGCCCAAAUUUUCCAAGGGACUUCCUCAAAUGACUCGACAUCUGAUCUCUCAACUACUCUUGCAUUUGAUCUCGUCUUGGUUUAAAGGACCCCUAUUUUCAUUUUUAUUUUUAUUUUUUCUUUUGUUACUUUUUUAUUAUUGUACAAUUCGCGCGUUUUUUUAGCAUCAUCUGGCAUUUUUUUUUUUUUCUU